CGAUGGAGCUUCCUUCGUCCGAGAACAACCGGAACAACGUCGUGUCCCGUCUAGUCGACAAUUCAGUGCCUCUCGUUCUCAACUUCCCCCCUUUUCCGCCCCAAGUAGACGUGAGAGGUUGCACCGUCUCCCAAUUUUUAUUUAUUGAAGGAUAAAAUCAUAUUGCAAUGGCCAUCGGCGAUUUGAAAACCCCCAAAGGCCUCAAGGACCUCGACACUUACCUCGCCGAUCGCAGCUACAUCGAGGGAUAUCAAGCAUCCCAGGCUGACGUAGCGGUGUACGAGGCCCUGGACAAGGCCCCGACAUCGGCGAACCCCCACGUUCUGAGGUGGUACACCCACAUCAAGUCUCAGGAUCUGAAGAAGCUCCCAGGAGAGAAGAAGGCCCCCUCAGUUCUGGGUGGUGAGGCUGCCAAACCAGCUGACGACGACGAUGACGUAGACCUCUUCGGCUCUGACGAGGAGGAGGACGCAGAGGCUGCGAGGAUCAGGGAGGAGAGAGUGAAGGCAUACGCCGAGAAGAAGUCCAAGAAACCCGCCCUCAUCGCCAAGUCGAGCAUCCUCAUUGACGUUAAACCUUGGGGGGAUGAGACUGAUCUCAAGGAAAUGGAGAACUGCGUCAGGAAAAUUGAGAUGGACGGUCUCGUUUGGGGAAGUUCAAAAUUAGCAGAAAUUGGCUAUGGAAUCAAGAAACUCCAAAUCCUCUGUGUUGUCGAGGACGAUAAAGUAUCUGUCGACGAGCUUAUGGAGAAGAUCCAAGAACAUGAAAAUUACGUGCAGUCCGCGGACAUUGCUGCAUUCAAUAAAAUCUAAAUGAACUGCUUUGUCUUUUACCCUCGAAUAAAUGCGUAUUAAUUGUUUCUAA